UAUUAGCAAAUUGGAUAGUGAUGAAACUUUGAGACUGAAUAUUAAAGAUUUAUAAUAAUUCCAUGUGUUAGUUGGAGCUAGUAAUAGGAAUUUAAGAGUUGAGAUAAUUGUAAAGAAAAAUAUUUGUUGUCAGCAGCAUAGUUUUGUCAUUCCAGGAUAGAGUGUUAAUCAAUUUAGACAAUCUAACUAGUUUGAGAUUGAGGUGUAUCAGAUCUCAUUGUAGAGUAUCAUCCAUUUUUGUUUAAUAGAGUAGAAUUGAUGUAAAAUUUUCAUAUAGUGGAACGACCUUUACUAAUUUGGAACCAGUGUGUAGUUGAUUGAUUGAUAAAGUAUUUGCCCGUUCUUGUAUGAGGGGUACUGAAGGGGAGCCUUGGAGCACGGUAAAGUUGUUUUAGUGUGACCUGGAGGUCACAGGUUCAAGCCGUGGAAUGUGAAGCUUGCGUCAGGGUAGACUGCCUACAUCACACUCCCUAGGCUGCCUACAUCACACUCCCUAGGCUGCCUACGUCACACUCCCUGGGGUGCUCCCUGAACCCUGUGUGAACCGGGAUGUUUCAUGCACCCAACUACCCUUUCUUGUAUGACGGGUAUUCUAUUUUUGAAACAUUGAUCUGAAUCGGGAGUACCUGAUGGGGAAAGUGGAUUCAUAGAAAGCAGAUAUGGUUUGUGUGCGUGCUAGAUAAAUAGACUACUGAAAUUAUAAUGUUUUUACUUGUUAAUAUGGUACCUAAUUUUAAUUCUAAUCUGGCAGAUUUGAGGAUUAUUAUCUCAAGGAAACAGGAGUUCUGUCAGAAGUUUGUGUACAAUAUUCUUAGCCGGUGUCAGUCACAUUGGUCCAAUUCUGAUAAGGCGUCCUAUAAUGGCUUCAAAGAGGGGAAGGAAAACUAUCAAGUGACAGAGAAACCUGAAGAAAAUAGCAUAGGCCACGGUCCUCGGCAAAGUAGUUUCAACGUUGUCAAUGAUGAUUUAAAUAGUAAUAAGUGGAAGUUAGAACUUGCUUGGCUCUCUAAAGCUCUUGAACCUGCUGUUCAACUAUGUAGAUCGGUUCUGCCAACAGGAAAUGUAAUCGGAGACAAACUUCCACCAACUAAUAGGUCUCUUGCAGAGAUAUUUGCCAGCAUUCAACGUAGUAAAUUGGGACUCCAGGAUUGGAGUCUAAGUGAUCUUACCAUAGGCUUAUAUCUCAUAUAUCUCCAGCAGGCAUCAACCAGUGCUGUUGAAGAUGUUAAGGGUGAAGAAAUAUCAUCUGAGCUGAUAGUACAAGAUCUCAUCUACCACCUCGAGCUGGCUAAGGGAUCUUAUAAAGCCAACCCUGCUGCUAUUGCUAGGAAUACUAUGCUUCGAGAAAGCAAUGUUUUCAAAUUCAUAAAAAGUUCCGAUGUGUUGAGGCCUGGAUAUUAUAUGGGAAUUGACCAUCGGAAGAAACUUGUGAUUCUUGUAAUUCGUGGAACUCAUACUGUGUAUGAUCUUAUAACUGACAUUAUUUCUUCAAGUGAUGAAGAAAUCACAUUUGAGGGUUACUCUACACACUUUGGAACAGCUGAGGCCGCUCGUUGGUUCCUUAAUUACGAGCUGGACACCAUAAGAAACUGCCUGAAGAAACACAAGGGAUUUAGGUUAAGGCUGGUGGGCCAUUCCCUUGGAGGUGCAACAGCUUCAUUGCUUGCUAUAAUGCUUCGUCAAAGGUCAUUCCAAGAGCUUGGGUUUAGCCCUGAUAUUGUAUCAGCCAUCGGAUAUGGUACUCCCCCAUGUGUUUCUAAAGAACUUGCUGAAAAUUGCUCUGAAUAUGUCACAACGGCAAUUAUGCAGGGUGAUAUAAUUCCAAGGCUUAGUGUCACCUCUCUCACGAGACUUAGGAAUGAAAUUCUUCAAACUAACUGGGUGAGUGUUCUCCAGAAGGAAGACUGGAGAGGUGUCAUAGAUUUGUUCACAAAUGCGAAGCAGGUUGUGUCUUCUGUGCAAGAUGUUGCUUGGAAACUUGCUGAUUAUACUAAAUUGCCAGGCAAUGCAAAGUACUCUGAUAAUUCUGGAGUUCAGCCUACCUCCAAACCAUCGGGAAAUGCGACUUCUCUUGUAAGACGGGAAGAAGCUGGUAGCAAAGUAGCUGAUGAGUUGUUUGUGCCGGGAAGUCUCUAUUAUCUAAAGAGGAAUGCAGAUGCUAGAAUCAAUGGAAACAGUGGCGAAUAUUUCACUCUUUUGAAGAGACACCCAGGUGAACAUUUUCAGAGGAUACUUCUAUCAAGCAACAUUAUUUCUGACCACAAAUGUGAAGGUUAUUAUUAUGCCUUAAGAGACGUUCUAAAAGGUUUGCCUGGUUCUCCUGAUGAAGCUAUUUUCAGAUGAAUACCUAUUUAAACCUGUAACAUUGUGUAAACUACAGUUUUUUUGGUACUUUAAUAAUCCUCAAAAAUGUCCCCUCUUCUUAUAUGUCCCAAGUUCCUUGAUUUGGUAAAGGGAAUUUUGGUACUUCUCAAUAAAUUUGAUCCCAAAUUUGUUCAUUAGUCUUUUUGUUCUCUUUGUAACCUCUAAUGCUUGCUCACAUCUUUGAGUCCUGUCCUAGGAACAUUCAGUUGUUUUCUAGGGGUCAUAAUAAUUGCUAUAGUAGUGUCUCUGAGUUUGUAUCUUAAUUGACUCAUAGUUUUCGUUG